UAAGAGAUGUAAUCCAAAACUAGAAAUUCUAAUUAAAUUCUUCUUGUUACUACUAGUAAGGCACUUGUUUCUAGUAGCGUGGCACUUGUUACUGGUAGCUUCCUAUAUAUAAACUUCGGCCAAGAACUGCAGAAUUUUCACCUCUUUCCGAAGUGCGAAGACCUGGACGAUUCCCAAGGAAGCUUCUACUGGUAGUUGUAUAAUACAAACAGCUUUAUUACUAAGAAGCCUCCAACCUAUAUAGUAGCUUUCUUGUUACCAAGAAGCAUCAAAGACAUACUAAACAGCUUCUUGUUACUACAGGUGAAACGAUUCCCAGUGAAACGAUUCCCAAGGCAGCUUCUAUUACCGCAGAUUUCGUUUCACAAUUUUCCCGUCAAAGUGCGAAGACCUUGGAGGUUGAACGUGAAGAACCGCAGAAUGAAGGUGGGUGAGGACAAGAAACACCAGUUCGCGCCGGUCUUCCGGGCCAAGCUAUGGAAGGUCAAGGCGGAAGGUGACAGGAGAAAGGAAGAGGAUUGGUUCGAGCGGGAGAUGUGGAUUGCCAAAAAUGGCAGUCUCGUCUAUUUCAGCAAAAAGGAGGAUCGUGACCUAGUCUACUACACCUCGGAUGAUAUUCAAAAGGCGCACAUUGCGUUGCUUUCCAACGAUGACAGCGCGAUCCCAUGGGCAUUCCAGGUGCACUUGCCACCCAGCGGUGGAGUGGAGUUCGCGCCUGGCGAGUUUGCGGCCGAGUCGGAGGCCAUGAGAGAUUGCUGGAUUGAAGAGUUCCGGAAACUUCAAGCCGGCUGAGAUGAGACGCCCUUGUGGCGGCACCACGCACCACGCUGACCCAUAGGCGCACAUAUGGGCACCACAUACUGCUUGGGAACUGCGCUGAGGCACCUGACGUGGUCACUGAGACCCCUCACGCUUUUAAGCUCUUUGCCAGUCCACCGCUCAUGCAAACAUUGGC